GAGUUGUUUAUUAUUAUGUAGAUAUAUAGGUAUGUGUAUACAGUUUGUGCAGCACCUGCAAUAAAGAGGGACCGUGAUGGCUAGACCUAAAUAAAUAGCUGUUUAUUGUAUAAAUAAAAAAAUGUUUGGAGCAUAAAAUGGACGUAAAGCAAGAUAUAGUUACACCCCAAUAUAAGUACAGCAGAGUUUGCAUUCCAUCAAAGGCUUUUCUAGAAACAAAUGCGUUGGAGCCAAUACCAUUUGGCUGUGGAUGUUUGAAAUCUUGCGAAGAUGAGGAAAUUUGUUUAUGUCUAGCUCAACACAAUUGCCUUUAUGUUGACGAUCAUCUUUGUGAUCUUAUUAAUAAAGAGCCUCUUUUUGAAUGCAACGAGUGCUGUUCGUGUUCUGAUGAAUGUAGAAAUCGGUUAGUUCAAUUAGGUUCAAAAUACGUGUUUCAAGUGUUUCAAACUGAAAACAAAGGAUUUGGACUGAAAUCAAGCAUGCAUGUUACCAAAGGCUCAUUUGUUAUCGAAUAUGUUGGUGAAUUACUCACAGAGACUGAAGCGAAAACAAGAAUCUCAAAAUAUACGUCCCACAGCAGUUGUUAUCUAUAUGCUUUAAGAGAAUUUUUUGGUAACAAGAAAACUUCACAUUUUAUAGAUGCUAGUAAAGUCGGUAAUGAGUCAAGAUUCAUAAAUCACUCGUGUGAUCCAAAUCUAAUCAUGAUACCAGUUCGUGCUAAUACCCUAUUUCCUCACUUUGCACUCUUCGCUUUAAAAGAUAUUCCAAUUGGCAAUGAGCUUACUUUUGAUUAUGGUGUGCGACAUAUGGAUAUAGUAGAUGAGCAAAAACAAUGUGAAUGUUUUUGCAACUCUUCUAAUUGUUGUGGUGUUUUACCAUUUGAUCAAAGUUUGUUUUUGUGAGAUAAUUUCGUGAGACCUAACCUGAGAAUAUCGAUUUGGCAUGGAGGCUUCUUCUUGUGCAACAUGCACAAUGACCGAUAAACAACCACAAUGAGACAUAUGAAAGUGUACGCUGGUUUACUUAUGGUAUGACCCACUAGAAAUAUAGUAAUUGAAAUUAUGGCUUUACUUUAAUGAGCGACAAUCUGUUUUAA